GUCAAAGAUACAGAACGGAUCUACAGAAGCCAGAAAGUCUUAUACGAAAUCCGUUCACGAUUCGAUGUUUUUAAAAGCGUUUUCUAAAGGUGCAUGCUCGGUUGAAGUCUGUAAUACGACUUUCUUAUAAACGUGACAGUGUCUUGUGGUUUUCAAUAAACUUUAUAACGAUCUGUAAAGGUUUCUUUUUUGUAGUAACAAUUGUGUUUGAGUGUCUUGUGGUUGGUUUAUUGCUGUGUCGAAGUGAACUGGUGACUUAUCUCUUGGAUUUUUCCGUUCGAUUCCGCGCUGGCAGUGAGUUUUUACAAUUAAGGUGUUGAUCGACGCAUGGCGCGUCACCAAAAGCAUGUCGGGGAUGACAGGCGCGAGCAUGCUGCGGACGAGGAGGAAGGACGUCAACGUCAAGCCCAACCGCAAGUUGGAUCGCAAGUCCUCCCGCGGGAUGCUGUACGAAAACGAAGAGUUAAGACUCCGCACUAUCAACAUCAAUGCGGAAGUUGAACGGGGUCAGUCGGACAUAAAGAAGUUGAAGCGUGAGAAUGACCAACUCAAGCGCGAGAUAUCAGCGCUUCGGUACGAGUACGACAGACUUGAUCACCUGCUGCGCGAGCGCCGCUCCUCACCAGAACAUUCGGACGACAGCGCGUCGGUCUGCAGCGCAUGCCCGGAGUGCAAUGAGAGCUGCGCACGAGUCGCAUUCAACGACCUCAGCGUGGUGCCUGAAGAGGGCGAACUGGAAGGGACUAAGAGCGCCGUCGAGUCCCCAUGCACAUGCGACGAAUGCCAAGCGGAACAAAUACCUAUACGAACCCAGCCCACGAUCACGCAGCCGGCUAAAAUGACGUCAGUCACACCGAACAAUGUACAGACUCCAAAUACGGCCCUGCCAAAUGUGGCAGGAAACAAUGAAAACGAAAGAGUUGUCGACGUUUUAGUCCACGACGCCCCGGCUGAUGUUCCAAGGUUCUUCCAAGCGGUAGCGUCACCGCCUUAUCACGUCGCCUCUCCCCCACCUCCAGGGUUCGUCAUAGCCCCAUACCAACCCCCACGGUUCCACACAGGAGGCAACGUCGAAGAUUUGUUAGGAGAUGUCCAAUCUUCACCGUCGAUACAAACGACGUUCAUACAACAGAAUUCCGUAUUCAUGUGCAAUACCAAAAGGGUAAUGCAGAAAUGCUGCUGUCAGAAUCAAAAUCAGAACCAAAAUCAGCAGAGGAAAGAGACGGUAACACAAAAUGGUAACACACAACCACAGCAGAAUACUUAUGUUACGGAGAAGAAUAUAGAACUGACAUACGACUAUCCACGAGCUACGCCAAUAGCUGCUACUCCAAGCCCGAAGUCUGAAGAAAUGACGACGACAACUGAAGUAGCAAGUACAGUUGUGUUCGUAGAGAGAAGAAUUCCAGUCAAGCCAAAGAAAUUCGACUUUUUCUUUCGAUCUCGAUCAGCACCCGUUGGGGAAAACGAAGAGCCAAUUUACGCUACUGUCAACAAACUACCCAAACGUCUGCGAAGAAUGGAACUAGCAAACUUAGAGAAGGAGGUAGCAUACAAAACUGGUGAACCAGAUUCUUCAACACGAACUGAAAUGACUUUGAAAACCGAUUCGGAAUCUCAAAUACCGCCACCUGAUGAUGACACGAGUAGAUCGGAGCGGGAGAAGUCUACUGUGCCGCAAAGACCUGAUUCUCCUAAAGCGAAAAAGCGGAAGAGAUUCUCUCUUACCUUUAAGAAGAGAGAGAGGAAAAGAAGGGAGAAGAAGAAGGAGACUAAGAAUGGGACAGCAAAGAAUGGGGCCCCGGUGCAGCUUGAGAGUGAUAACGAAAGGUUGAUAGAGGUGGAGGUACACAAUGAAAUAACGAAGCCCAAACAUUGUACGCGACAUAGACCGAGGAAUACCAUGUCGUCUUCUAGUUCGGGCCCGCGGUACAAGCGGGACAGCUAUCAGGAAAUGACGACAUCCCACUCGGAGCAUGAACGCACCAACAGCAUGUGUUCCUCAGUCAACUCUCUGGCGUCGGCGUGUACGCAUAAGUCUAGGAAGUUGUCCGUGGCGCCGCCGGACACCGGAUCCAUACCCUGGUGUGGCUGCUGGGGCGCUGGCUGUGUCUGAAGAGGUGGAUAACUGGAGUUUAAACAUAAAUAUCAAGCGUAAAGUUCUCAUACAAUUGUACCGAACUUGCACCAAUGAGUAGUUUAUCUUAAGUGCAGUUUUCACUAACAUAGUUGGCCCAUUAUAGACAACGAUACGACUCACUACCUAUCACGUUGGUCAUACAGUAAGCUCGAUGAGGUGUGGGUACUUAGUUCACCUUGCGAUGAAUGCCUCUGAUUAUCCCAUAGGGAUCGAGUCUUGAGCUUAUGUUAAAAAGUUCUCACGAACUUUAGUCUUUAUAAAACUUGUAAAAUCAAACUUCAAUGCCUACACCCGUAUUCUAAGAUAUUAACUCAAACCUGUAAGUUCCGUCCUCAGUGGAAGACCUGGAACUAAAUAAAGACCUAAAGGUGACAAAAACGUUUCAAUUUUUCUGUUUAACUUUAUGAAUUCUAAUAAAGUGUAAUAAUAAAUGCGAUAUUUGUCACGUUUUUCUGACUUCGCAAGUUGCUUUUUCGUACAAAUUCCAUAGUCAUCACGUGUUUUGACGUUUAGUAAAUUACUGAUUUGACUAGCCAUUGUAGGCAUCUCCAAUAAAUAAAAAAUGGGACAAGAUACAAAUAAAACAGCAAUCAUCUCCUUAGCAUUAUCCCGUUUCUCACAGGGUCCGCUUACCUAACCUGAAGAUUUGACAGGUCGAGAUUUUUACAGAAACGACUGCCUAUUUGACCUUCCAACCGCGAAGGGAAAACCAGCCCAAUACAGGUUAAGUCACAUACCUUCGAAAAUGCAUUUCUCGGGAAUGUGGGUUUCCUCACGAUGUUUUCCUCACCGCUGUUAAUAAUUGAUGAUCCAAACAUGAAUUCGAAAACAAAUUCGACAAUGAUUGGUUUAGGCCUGUGCUAAAUUCGAACCUGCGACCUUAAAGUGAGAGGCAAGCGUUCUGCCAACUUUGCUACCACAGCUCAGCAAAUAAAACAACAAAGUAUUGCUAUAUUACUAAGGAUAGGUUACCAUCAAGUUAUACCUAUCUGCAUUUUUUAUCCGCCAAAAAGAAUCGACGACUAAUCGACAUGCAAAACACACGCCAACUUUAGGCAGAAAUUUAAACAACCUCUCGAAAUUUUUCAUUGGCCAAUUACCAAACAGAAUUAAAUUGACAUUUGACGUGUAUCAAACGGGUUGCAAACCAGAGAUCCCUAUUUGAUUCGCCCGAGUUAUUCAUUCAUUCACUUCAAAAUUAAGUUGUCAAACAUCCGUCCCUUUCCUUUUCGGCGGAUAAGAAAAAGAGGGGUAUAACUUAAAAUCAAAUUAGGAGGUCUCUGUAGGAAUCGGGGCAUCUAUCGGGACAAACUUAGAGUUUUGAGUUUUAAAACUAGCGCUAUCUUCUUCGCGCUAAGCGGAAGUGUGAGACAGCGCUAUUUUACUUGAUAAACUUCACACUCCGUAACCGUGCAUGUUAUAAUAUAAUGUAAAUACUUACAAGAUCGAUAAUCUGUGAUCCUUACUUAAGUAAUAUGCCUGUCGAAUAAAAUAUUACUGUCUGUUGAAUGGAUUAAAGUUUAUUAUUUAUUU